CAGAGUUUCUCACAAAAACAAACAAAGACUUUUAUAAGUUGUUGAGCUACAAUUAAUAUUAUAUAUCUUUCUUGUGAUGGCAAGCUCAGGAUCAAUGAAGAAGAUGAAUGUUGCUUGUGCGGUUCUAAUGAUGAUAAUGAUGAUGAGUAAUAUUGCACCCCAAGCACAUGCAGUAGCAUGUCCUGCAGUCUUUUCUUACUUGAGGCCUUGCAUUACCUAUUUGACUGGGGGAGGCGCCGGCGCCGUACCGACCAACUGCUGCACCGGUGUGAGGUCACUUAAUGAUGCAGCAAAAACCACUCCCGAUCGCCAGACUGCCUGCGUAUGCUUGAAAUCCCUCUCAGGAUCUUUGCCUGCUCAAUCUGUUGCCGCCGCAGCCGGAAUUCCUGGAAAAUGCCGUGUCCCUGUUCCCUACAAGAUUGACCCCAGAACUGACUGCUCCAAGUAUCUCUCUCCUCUCUCUCUCUCUCUCUCUCAAUAUUGAACUUGAGAAAUAAUUUGUCUAAUUACAUAUUUGAUGCAAUUUUACAGGGUGGUGUAAGAGAUUGAGAAAUGGCGUGUUCUAUUUAAGUACUAGUUUGUAUCCCUAGCUAAGUAUGAAGAAGAGAAAAAUAAAGAUUGAGAGAGAGUGGACCAUGGAUCUUGAACUCUCAUUCAUAUCUCCACUUGUAUUGUGAAGCCUCAUACUUGAUUUGAGAGUUUCUUCUAUUUACAUAUAUAUGCAUGUAUCUAUCUAUCAUCUUUUUGGUGAAUGGUAAUCAUGUUUUUCUACUUAAUGUUAUGUAUUUAUGUC